GGACAGCAAAGACUAGCUGGUCAGACUGCCUGCCUGGAGGUCAGGGUCCCGUGAGGGAGACAGGUCAUGAACAAUCACAGGGAAGUGAGCACCCAGGCUGAGCUUAGAGAGCAGAGUCGGGCAUUGGCUUAGGUAAGGGCCAGGGAAGGCCUGUGAGAGAAACAGCUGACACCUGAGGGCCAGGAAAAGACUGUGCUCCUAGCACCGGAGGCCAGUGUUGGGGGCCUAGAGCAAGUAGGAGAUCCUAAGGGAUGAUGGAGAGAAGGCCAGGGUAGCUGGGGUGCUGGAGGCAGGCAAAACUGAGGAGAGGGGGCAGAGCCCAGCAGGAGAGCUGGUUUCACAGAGAUCACAUCAUAAAGAGUCAUCAUAAAGAGAAAAAGUGAAGAGCUGUGAGCUGGGCAGGCCCCUGGGGAGACCCCAGUGGCCUGAGCUUGGAGAAAGAAUGAGGUUAAGCAUCACUAAGGACUAAAACCUAGGGCCCCCAUUGGUCUAGGACCAUGAGGAAGCAGCCUCAGCUGUUGUCAUCUAUGGCUCCUGUCACCUGGGACAUUAUCAGGGCAUAGCCUCUGGUCGUCUGCAUUAUUCUUGGUGCAAAGUGCAGGGAGGGAAGAUCUUUUCUAAGAGCAAAAGGUGCCAUACCUUGUGGCCUGGGACUGUAGGCAGUCCAUAGAGCACAGAGCACUCACCUGGUAUGUAAGGCCUGGAUUCCAUCUCCUGAAGAAAGGCCCACACCUGAAACCUUCCUGAAUAGGAGACAGCGCCAUCAGUAAGGCCAGUGAGCCUCGAGUUAACUAAACAAAGUUCUCUUCAACAGUACCACCCAGGGAACAGAGGGUCUGUCCUGUCCAAUGGGACUUAUUUUUAUUUGUAUUCUGACUUAUUAUUAUACCAACUUAUUGUAUUGGCCUUGAACUUAGAAUCCUCCUACUUCAGCCUCCUGAGUGCUGGGGUUGUAGUUUUGGUCCUUCAAAAGCAAAUUCCCCGCAGGACUGAAGAGACAAGCAUUGACUGCUUUUCUAGAGGACCUCGGUUCAAUUCCCAGCACUGACCUGGCAGCUCAAGUUCUGGGAGAUCCAGUGCCCUCUUCUGGCCUCUAAAGGCACCAGCCAUGCGUACACACGGACACAGAAAACACUAAGACGUGUAAAAUAGAUAAUACUAAAAUUAAAACCUAAACAGCCCCCUGCUGGCCUACCUCCUCCAGCCAGGCUCCAAUGUCUACUCAAUAAUUUCAUUAAGAGUCCAUGGAGAGGGAGCUGGAGAGAUGGCUCAGCGGUUAAGAGCACUGACUGCUCUUCCAGAGGUCCUGAGUUCAAAUCCCAGCAACCACAUGGUGGCUCACAACCAUCUCUAAUGGAAUCUGAUGCCCUCUUCUGGCACAGCUGAAGACAACUACAGUGUACUCAUCUAUGAUAAAUAAAUAAAUCUUUAAAAAAAAAAAAAAAAAGAGUCCAUGGAGAACUGGGUGGUGGUGUCCACACCUUUAAUCCCAGCACUCGGAGGCAGAGGCAGGCAGAUCUCUGAGUUUGAGGCCAGCCUGGUCUACAGAGUGAGUUCCAAUAUAGCUAGGGCUGCACAGAGAAGCCCUGUCUUAAAAAGACAAGGCAAAAUGAUCUGCAGUUUGAGGUCAGGCUAUGGCACCUGACAGUCCUGUCUCAGGAGAGACUGCAGAAGCAGCUUAGCUGCUGCGUGCUGGCUGCUGUACGUGAAGCUCUGAGUUCACAUCCCAGUACUGCGUCAUGGGUGUAGCAGCCCAGAUCUGUAAUCCUAGCGCUCCAGAGGUGGCAGCAGGUACACAGUCCAGGCCAGCCCGAGACAUUUGAGACCCAAUUUCCAAGUAAAUAAUAAACUAUUGUGGGGUGCGAGGACGAGUACUUGGAAAGACAGGGACAUCAGAGUCCGUCCUGGGCCAGCCUGGGUUAUGGAGGGAGUUCAGGGUUAGCCUGAGCUAUGUAGCAAGACCCUGUCUCCUUCUCCCUCUCUGUAUGUUGUCUGUAUCUGUUCAAGCUGAGUGUUCAGGCCUUCAGCUCAGUACUCUGACUAGCUGUUUGUCCUACAGAAAGAGAAGCCAUAUUGUCUACACCUGCUUACAGCCACACUUCCCAAUAGUGGUGCCCAGCGGUAGGACGGUGAACUACUUCAUACUCACAUGUGAACACCACACUGCCCUGAGCAGAGCAGACUGUUUACAGCAUGCUACAAGAGUCUCUGAGGGGGAGUAAAGGCAGAGAAGCAGGCACUGGCAAGUGUUUGUGCCAGGCAGCCCCUGCACUGAGCCCACACCGCCCCUGCUCGUAAGGAGUCAGGCCUGGACUAUUACCCACCUUCUCAGUACCUGCUGCCAGUCCUGGAGCAAGAUGGAGCCGAGAACUCCCAGGACAGCCCUGAUGGACCCACACGCAGAUUCUCCAGGGAGGAGGCUGAAUGGCAGAAUCGGUUCUCCGACUACGAGAAGCGAAAGGAGCAGAAGAUGCUGGAGAAGCUGGAGUUCGAGCGGCGCCUGGACCUCGGGCAGCGGGAGCAUGCUGAGCUGCUCCAGCAGAGCCACAGCCACAAGGACGAGAUCCUGCAGACGGUCAAGCAGGAGCAGACACGGCUCGAGCAGGGCCUGAGUGAGCGCCAGCGCUGCCUGGAUGCAGAACGGCAGCAGCUGCAGGAGCAGCUCAAGCAGUCGGAGCAGAGCAUUGCCAGCCGCAUCCAGAGACUCCUGCAGGACAAUCAGAGGCAAAAGAAGAGUUCUGAGAUUCUGAAAUCACUGGAGAAUGAGAGAAUACGAAUGGAGCAGCUGAUGUCCAUUACCCAGGAGGAGACCGAGAACCUCAGGCAGCGUGAGAUCGCCGCCGCCAUGCAGCAGAUGCUGACCGAGAGCUGUAAGAGCCGGCUCAUCCAGAUGGCCUAUGAGUCCCAGAGGCAGAGCCUGGUGCAGCAGGCCUGUUCCAGCAUGGCUGAAAUGGACAAGCGGUUCCAGCAGAUUCUGUCAUGGCAGCAGAUGGACCAGAACAAAGCCAUCAGCCAGAUCCUUCAGGAGAGUGUGAUGCAGAAGGCUGCAUUCGAGGCUCUCCAGGUAAAGAAAGACCUCACGCAUCGGCAGAUCAGGAGCCAGAUUAGGCUAAUAGAAACUGAGUUACUGCAGCUGACACAGCUGGAGUUAAAGAGGAAGUCCCUGGACACAGAGACGCUUCAGGAGAUGGUCUCAGAGCAGCGCUGGGCGCUCAGCAACCUGCUCCAGCAGCUCCUCAAAGAGAAGAAGCAGCGGGAAGAGGAGCUCCAUGGCAUCCUGGCGGAAUUAGAGGCCAAGAGUGAAACGAAGCAGGAAAAUUACUGGCUCAUCCAGUACCAACGGCUUUUGAACCAGAAGCCUUUGUCCUUGAAGCUGCAGGAAGAAGGCAUGGAGCGGCAGCUGGUGGCCCUGCUGGUGGAGCUGUCUGCUGAGCACUACCUGCCCCUCUUCGCCCACCACCGCAUCACACUGGACAUGCUGAGCCGGAUGGGUCCUGGAGAUCUGGCUAAGGUGGGUGUCUCAGAAGCAGGCCUGCAACAUGAAAUCCUGCGAAGAGCCCGGGACCUGCUGGAUGUGGCCAGGGUCCAACCAGAGUUGAAACCACCCAAGAAUGAGGUCUUUGGUGUCUCUGAGCCCCCCACAGCCCCUCAGGAGCUUCCUGAGUCCGUGAGACCAUCUGCCCCGCCAGCUGAACUGGACGUGCCGACCUCAGAGUGUGUUGUGUGCCUGGAACGUGAGGCCCAGAUGGUCUUCCUCACCUGCGGCCAUGUCUGCUGCUGCCAGCAGUGCUGCCAGCCGCUGCGCACCUGCCCACUGUGCCGCCAGGAGAUCUCCCAGCGCCUCCGGAUCUACCACAGCAGCUGAACGCACAGCCACCCACCAGCCUGGCCCUUCCUCAGCACCAUCUCCACCUCUGCUGGACUUCCAUUCCCCACAUUCCCCAGACUAGGGCAAGACUGCCAUAGGCCAAGCCACCACCCGCCACCCCGACACCCCCUGCUCUGAGCACUAAGCAGGCAGGUCCGAUGCCCCUGGCCUGAGGCAUAGCUAUUCCGAAUAGUGAACAAGAAACAGGGCAGAUCUGCUGGUGGUGGAACCUUGUGGCACAGGAUCAAGAUCCAGGGUAUGGAGGUGGCCCUGCAGGACUCAGGAAUCCAUGAUACUAGGCAAGCAAGCCUCAGUGCUGCAGCCAGCUGUCUGCCCCUCCUGGAGGUGUCCCUAUCUAUGGAAUGCAUCAGCCGUCCUGUCCUUAGGUGGGGCAAUGUCUCUGGGAAGAAGUGGGCUGUGCAAGACUCCUCGGCCCUCCUUUGCUUCAUGCUGAACACCCGCCCUCCCAUAUCUGCACCGCAUAGGCAGGUUGAUUCAAAACAGGAGUACCAGUAAGUCCGACUCCCUCCCAGAGUCACCCCUGGGUCCGUGGGAACUUGGGGGAGGUAGGAGUAGGCAGAGUCCAGGCGAGCUCUGGGGAAAAGGGCCAGAGCUGCUGUGCCUGGGUAAAGGUAAGGCAGUGAGACAUUGCCCAGUGGAGAGUUAGGCAGUGCCCUCUUAAACAGAGAGCAUGGGGAGCAGAGCCAGGGACGGGCUUCAGUACUGGGAAGCAGCCUGCACUCAGGGGAUGGGGCAGGUUGUGUUCCCUGCAGUGCUUAUCCUAGGUGAGGGCUGCCACAGCACCCGGAAGGCAUGUUAACGCUCAGGUGGGCGUCCGCCCUCACCAGCUGUACAGGAGUCCCUGUGACAUGAGACCCUUCUGCCCCUCCCAGUAGAGUGUAUGGCCUAAGGCAUGAGCUCAGCAAUGACUACCACUUGACAGGCUGGGGGGGGGGGGGGCGGGGACUAGCCAUUGGCACCUAGCAUGGACCGGGAACCCACCCUCAUGGUGGACACUGGAGUUGAUCAGCCAUUAGGAGGCUGUCACCCAAAAGCUGUGGUCUCUCCCCUCCUCUCUGAGCCUCAGUUUCCUCCUCUAGGACAGUGUGAGAACGGGUUAGAGAAAGAGACCUCAGUAAAGUGGUUGGCAUUUGGAAGUCUGCAUCCCCAGAACUCACAGGGCCAGGCCAGUGUGCAGUCACAGCACUGAGGAGGCUGAAGUCAGACCCUGGCCCUCACCAGACAGCCAGACAAUCCGAAUUAGUGAGUUCCAGGCUAAUGCGACCUCUCAAACCGCAAGGCGGAAUGGCCUGGAUCCUUUGGCUUCUGCAUGCACAUGCAAAUCUGUACCUGUACACACACGUGCAGGUACGCAGAUCAGGGACCUGGCAGCUCAUAUGAUGAGCCCAAGAGAGCUGAGGUAAAUGGAUCCCUAGACACCCUAGGCCCAGCUCUCCCCCACCCCAGCAGCACAUAAGAAAAUGAGCUUUAAAUAAAGCGUUUAUUGGUGAGCAGAAGCUUA